UGCGCAGCCUUUCAUCCCGGAGCCCUGCAGGAAGGAGGGAUGUAUGUAGAGAUGUUCGAAAGCGGGUUUAGGGGAAGGGGAGUGCAAAUACCCUUAACUCUGCCCUUCCCAGAGGUCCCAGCUUCAUUUUGGGGAGCAUUUUGGGCAGCCCCUUCCCUGCUGCACCCCUGUCCCCAUCGCUGGGGUGGUGCUGGGACAAGCAGAGGCUUUUGGGGCAAAAAUAGGGGCAAAUGGGUGUUGGCAGGGCGGGGAGGUGCUCCGAGGCAGGAGGCUGGGGCUGGGUCCCCGUGCAUUAUUGAUGGAGAGGAUAAUUGCGUGCUUCCUACCGGUUCCGUGAUGAAAAAUUCAUAUCCCGGGAUGAGAGCUGGGGAUCUCCAUCGACCGACACCGGGCUCUUUGUUCCCUAACAGCGACCGGGGGGGACGUGGGCGCGGGAGGCACAGCGGGUGGGGUGCUCGAGCCCCUCGCUGGAUGUCCCCACAGCUGGGGACGAUGUGUGGGGACCCCAAAAGAGGGGGUGAGGUGGGGAGCACGGCUUCACACCCUCCCCGGGGAUGAAAGCGGGGUGGGAGCAGGGCAUUUCCCAGAGGCUUUGGGCACCUCUGCUCCGCACCAGCUCCGAGCUGGCGUCCCCCAGCCUGCAGAUCUGAGCGGCCGCGGGGGCUCAGAAGUUAAUGGAGUGUUUGAAAGCCACGAGCCAAGAUCCAAGGCAUGGAAAUGAGGUGCCACCAGCGAGGAGCUGCUGCAGGACCUGCCACCAGACUGCCUGGGAGCGGGAGAUAAGGCAGGGGCGGGCUGCAGACAAGGACUUUGGUGGCUUUGGGGGGGGCUGUCAGGGGGACGGGGCAGCUCUGCCCUGCUCGGGCAGCAGCAGAGCCAGAGGUUUUGAGGACAAAAACCUUGAUUUCUGCUGCCCAGCAGUGGGAGGGAGCCCAGCCCGGGUUGCUAAGAGCAGGCUUGUGUUGUGGUGACAGCAGAGGAUGCUGCAGGGCUCCGCUCCGGCUGCUUCGAGCCCCUCGGGGGCACCCCCAGGUCCCCGGGAUGAGGACAGCACCCGGCCAGGGUCGCCGCCACCCCUGCCUUUGUUGCCACACGUGCGUGGCUCCUCUGUGGUGCAGCCGCCGACCUCUGGCUCUGGUGUCCCCUCACAGCCCCGCCGGGACGCCGUGGCCCUGCCGCCGGCUGACAGCGUCCUGCCCGGGAUGCCGCAGAGGUCCCAGGACAUCCCCAGGGACCUCCAGCAGCAGGAGGUGAGCAGGUACCGCCUGGCGCUGAAGCGGAUGGCGGGCGACCUCCUGUCCCUGCGCCGGCACGUCACCAGCCUGGAGGUGGAGAACGGGCACCUGCGGCGCAGGCUGGCCGGGCGCGAGGAGCCGGGCGGCGCUCUGCUCGCCGACGUGGACAUGGACGUGAUGACCAGGGAGGAGGUCCUGGACCGCCUGGCCACCCUGAAGGGCGAGCUGGUGUCGGGCACGAUGGAGAUGCGGCGGCUGAAGGACCGCGUGCAGCGGCUGCAGAACGAGCUGAUCCGGAAGAAUGACCGGGAGAAGGAGCUGGUGCUGCUCCAGCGAGUGCACCGGCAGCAGCAAGCCGCCCUCAGGAGGUGCCAGGAGCAGGUGGCCAGGACAAAGGGCCUGGAGGAGAUGGUGAGGCAGCAGGAGAAGGUGAUCGAGGUGAUGGAGCGGGUGCUGCAGGACAGGCUCUCCAUGAGCACUGAGAAACCAACAGGGGACCUGCACGCCCUGCUGCUGGCCGAGAACCACAGGCUGCGGGAGGAGCUGGCGAGGCCCCCGCGCCCCCCAUCGCCCCCCAUUGCCCCACGUGCCUCCCAUGGCACGCGGGACAUCUUCGGUGGCGCGGAGAAGCUGUCGCUGCUGGCCAGGCUGGAGGAGGCACAAGCCCGCGGGCGUGUGAUGGAGAGGCAGCUGGAGGAGGCGGCGAGGAGGUGGGGACGGGAGAAGCAGGAGCUGGGCACACGGCUGCUGGAGCAGGAGCACAGCUUUGGGGGCUUGGCCCCCCACUCUCCCCCCGUCCCCACCUCGGUGAGCACCCUGGGGACACGGGGGCACCCAUGGGGCUCACCGCCCAGCCCCACACCAGGGGGGAUGUCUCGGUUUCCUUGCAGGACUGGGGGCAGGAGGGAGGUGGGAGUGUGGCCCCCAAGGGUCACUGGCAUCCCCGUAUCACUGCCCUCCCCGUCACGGCUGCACACCUCUCCCUAAAGCACCCCACGGGGGUGGCAGACCCCCGAGACGUGUUCGCAUCUCCCACCAGAAACAACCCCCAGGCUCCACCUUCUCCCUGAGGAGACCCCGGAUCCUGGACCCCCUGCCCUAGGGGGUCUUCAGGGGGCAGGACACCGGAGACACUCCGAGAUGCAAAAUUCAUGC